AUGUCUCAAGAAUACAAGCUCAAGGGCCUCUCGUCGCUCUCCCUCUCUCCCGGCUCCAAGCAGGAGGUUGAGGUUGAAGGUAUCGAAGAUGGCAAGGUCCUGCUUGUGAACACCGGAGGAAAGACUCAGGCUCUGGGUGCAAAGUGCACUCAUUAUGGCGCGCCUCUUGUUAAAGGUGUUUUGACCAGCGAUGGCCGCAUCACAUGCCCCUGGCACGGAGCCUGUUUCAACGCAAAGAGUGGUGACAUCGAAGACGCCCCUGCGCUCGACCAUCUCCCCGUAUUCCAAGUCGCCGAACGAGACGGUGCUGUAUAUCUCACCGGAGAGGAGAGUGCGAUCAAGUCAUCCAAGAGACAACCUAAUGUCACUUGCAAGGGCUCCCAAAGUGUCCAGGACGAACAUGUCGUCGUUGUCGGUGGUGGUUCAGGCACACUCGGUGUUACUGAGAGCCUUCGUGAGAACGGCUACAACGGAGGUAUCACCGUCAUCUCAAAUGAAGGGAACCAUCCUAUCGAUCGAACAAAGCUUAGCAAGGCACUUCUGACCGACCUCACCAAAUUGACCUGGCGCAACAAGGAUUUCUACGAGAGUGGAUCUAUCAAGUUUGUCGAUGGCGAGGUUAACAGUGUCGACUUUUCGGGUCGCUUCGUUACAACCAAUGGAGGCGAGAAGAUCAACUAUACUAAGCUUGUCCUUGCUACAGGUGGAACUCCUAGGCGACUGCCUCUCGAGGGAUUCAAGGACCUUGAGAACAUCUUUACUCUUCGAAAUGUUCACGACACAAAGAAGAUUGUGAAUCAGAUUGGCGAUAAGGGCAAGAAGAUUGUUGUCGUUGGAUCUUCAUUCAUCGGAAUAGAGCUGGCAGUCGCUACAGCUAGCGACAACGAUGUCACUGUCAUCGGUAUGGAGAACGUCCCUCUUGAACGAGUACUUGGCGAGAAGGUCGGCGCGGGUCUCCAAAAAUCUCUGGAGGGCAAGGGUGUCAAGUUUUACAUGGGUGCAAGCGUCGAUAAAGCUGAACCCUCCGCAUCAGACUCAUCUAAGGUCGGUUAUGUGUGUCUCAAGGACGGUACCAAACUGGAAGCGGAUCUGGUCGUUCUUGGUGUGGGUGUUGCCCCCGCAACCCAAUAUCUCAAGAACAACAGCAGCAUCAAGCUAGAGAAAGACGGAUCCAUCAAGACAGGUGAAGAUUAUUCCAUUGAAGGCCUGAAGGAUGUUUACGCGAUUGGCGAUAUUGCUACGUUCCCCUACCAUGGACCUGGAGGCGAGGGCAAGCCCGUACGCAUCGAGCAUUGGAACGUUGCUCAGAAGGCGGGUCGCGUCGUCGCAAAUCACAUUGUCAACCCAGGUGGCAAGACUGAACACUUCAUCCCCAUCUUCUGGUCAGCACUGGGAGCUCAACUCCGAUACUGUGGUAACACAAUGGCUUCUGGAUGGGACGAUCUGAUUCUUGACGGCAACCCAGCCGAGAAUAGCUUCGUGGCUUACUACUGCAAGGGCGAGACAGUUGUCGCCAUGGCGAGCAUGGGCAAAGAUCCUGCUAUGGCUCAGAGUGCAGAACUGAUGCGUGUAAACAAGAUGCCCACCAAGACGGAGCUUCAGAACGGGGCCAGUCUGGCGUAG